AUGAACAUAUCAUAUCAAAAUAGUUCUUAAUAUUAUGAAAACUUAUAAUAAUAAUAAAUUUCAAAAUAUUACAACCAAUCAGAAAUAUAAGCAUAAGCAUAAGCAGAAAUUCAAUAUUAUAUUUAUGAAGACUUACAAAACAUAAUAAAUUUAAUAUACUAAAGAAAUGCUGUCCUUGAGUAUUUUAAAGAUGAUCCUACUCAUGAAAUGGUUACCUUAAGUAAUAAUAAAUUAAUAUUGUAACUUAAUUUAUCAUGUUCAAUACAUUAAGAUUAGACAUGGUAAUACAAAAACCAACCAGAAUUGCUUAAUUUUUUAUAAAAUGAAAGAAAUAAAGCAUAUAAAAUAAUUGAUGAAUUUAUUGGCUAUAAUGAUUAAAUAAUGAAUAUGAAUAGGGAAGGAGAUUAAAUAAAGAAUAAAUAAAUAAAAAAUUACUUAUAAUAGUACAAAGAAGAUUAUGCAAAGUAAUAGUUUAAAUUGAAUUAAUUUCAAUUAUAAUAGACAAGUUUAAAACCGCAAUUUAAUGAGAAUGUGCUUUCAAAAAUGAUUUCAUCAAUUUAAACUGUAGAUUCUUAAGUUGAUUAAAUAAGAAAUAGCAAAUAAUAUAGAAUUCCUAGUCACUAUGAAAUUGAAUAAAAAGCAAAGUAUAUUAAAUAGAUUAUUUUAGAAAUUAUUAAAUAAUGACUUAAGGAAAAUUAAAAGAAAACUUUCCAACACAGAACCAAUAUAAUAAUUAAAUACCAAAACAAGAUAAUUUAAAUAAUAAUAUAGAGAAGACUAAUACAAUAAAUAUUGCUCAAACAUAGAAUAAAAUUUAUGGCUAAGAAAUGUAACAACCUUUAGUCUAAUCUAAUGUAGAUUAACCACUAAUUAUUAAUGAUUAAUAAUAUAAAGGAAUUAAUAUGAAAGAAAAAUUAAUAGAAUUUAUAAAUUGCUUAAAAUAUUUUUAAGUUGAUAUCACUAAAUUUUAGUAAUCAUCUAAAAAUAAUACAACUGAAUAACAUUUCCAUAUAAAAUAUUUAUUCUAUGAUUUAUAUCCUAAAGUAGAUUUUUAAAUAUGGGCAUACAAUUUUUAAAGGUAGGAUUUAUUGUAAUAACUUAUAAAUUUACAUUAUUAUUUUCAUUUGUUUGUAGAAUAUUAAAGAUUAAUCGAAAAUAAUUAGAAACCUAAUUUCUAAUAAACAUAGAUAUAAUUAUUCAUUUAUCUAAUGAAUAAUUAAAUCUAAUAAGAUAAAUUUUUAAUCAAUAAAAUACUUGAAUUUUUGUUUUUGUGUAAAGAUAGAGUUGAAAUUUAAAAUUAUCUAAAUUACAUAAUGCAUAUGACUGAUCCUUUUUAAACAACUUACAAUGCAGAUCCAAAAUAAAAUUAAGAAUAAGAUCAUAUAUAUUAAUUGUAUGGAUUGUAUUCCCAUUUUAGUAUGAGUAAUAAAUGA